AUGGAAACUCAGCGACCGAAACGCAUGUAUGUUAAAUUGCCUGUAUGGAUUGUGGAAGACCAUCAUGAUGUUGUGCGGCACAUAUACCGCGCUAUAGCCUCCCGGCAUAUUUCGAUGAGGGAUAUUAGGAUGAUCCAUUUGGACUCGCAUCCCGAUUUGCUGAUUCCCGUCAAUAUGCCUGCAGACACUGUGUUUGACAAAGACACUCUGUUAGAAGAGCUGAGCAUUGAGAAUUGGAUUAUGCCAAUGGUCUACGCCGGGCACAUUUCCCACGUGGCCUGGCUUCACCCGUACUGGGCGCAGCAGAUUAAAGAAGGCGAGCACUCGAUGUUUGUGGGGAAAGACACCUCCACGACCACCAUCAGGGUUACAAGUACAGAUGAUUAUUUUUUGAGUGACGCCCUCUACGUUCCGCAGGACCAGCUGGAGAACCGCAAACCUUUACGGUUAAGCGUCAUCCGAGUAGAUCCUGUGAACGGCCCUCUUCAGAAAGAGAUGGUUGAAAAGAGGACGUGCGGUGCUAAAAAGCUGAAAUCAACCGAAAGCAGCAGUCCCUGUGCUUGCACUUCAAGUCCACUAGGUGGCAGCACCUCCUCAGGACCCAACAACAGCACAACCAAGACAAGUGUAGACUCAACCAAGCUGGAAGAAAACACAGACUCUGAUAAGGGUUCCACCGCCCAGGUGGUGAAUAGGCUGCUCUCCGUAAUCGAACAGACUGACUCUUACAUACUUGACAUUGACCUGGACUUCUUCUCAUGUAAAAACCCCUUUAAGGAGCUGUACACUCAGGAGGAGUAUGGAAUACUGCAGGAGCUGUACAGCUUCAAAAAGCCAGCAGACAAUACGGAGGAGGAGGCACUGAUAGACUGUGUGGAGCGACGCACACGUCAGCUGGAGGAUCUGGAGGCUGCGUUUGCAGACCUGCUGGAGGAUGACAGUCAAGAGACAGUAAAUCGCCUGGCUGCACAUCCAGGAAUGAAACCUUUGACCACACUCGUGCAGAGCCUGAAGAAACGGACUGAGACCCCAGACUAUGAGAUGGUGCACCAAGCCGGGCUGACCUGCGACUACUCUGAGCUUCCUCAUCACGUGAGCAGUGAGGAGGAGAUCGAGCGUUUGCUCUGCUCUGUGGAGCUCAUUCUGGAGGCUCUACCAAAACCCACUCUCGUCACCAUUUCCAGGUCCAGUCUGGAUGAGUACUGUCCCGCAGAACAAGUGAACCACAUUCAGGACAGUGUUCUGACCGUGCUGGAGAGCCUCUACGGUUCCUUGGACAUCCACAAGGAGUACGAGUCUGGUCAGACAGAAGGUGAACCGCAGAGUGCCUAAGGGAAGGGCCGGAGGGUCGGUUGACCUGCAGUGGAAGUGUCAGCCACGUCGACAUUAAUGUGUAGU